AUGAGCAACAGCAACCUAUCCCAGAUCACUUCGGAGAUCCCUGACUUUAUUGGCGGGCUAUCCAAGAGGAGACAACCCAAGGGACAUGCCCCACCGGAUGAAUUCGACCAGUACUUUGAUUAUAAACGCUUCUACAACGAGGGAACGCCAGCCGCCGAUGCCGACUCGCGGAGCCGGUCUGACGCCUCGUCCAUCCCGGGCCUAACCUCCGGUCCUUCGGAGGAAGACGGUGCGCCUUCCCCCAGGUCCACCGAAGACAACGCUUUCCACUUCAAAGAAGCCGUUGAGAAGAUCAAGCAACACGAUGAUCGUUUCACCCUACCAGCACGCGAGAUCAGACCUAACGGAGUCGAGUCUUAUCCAUGGCAGAUGGAAAUAGACAACACAGUCGGCUCGGGUGGAUCCGAUGUUCAGGGAUUUGGUAGUAGCAGCCCACACUCCCCGGCUUCCUCCAACGGAGCGUCAUCGUCGGCGUACCACAGUUCCAGUUCGGCCGACUCCCAUCUCAGCCGUGGCAAACGACAUCGCCCCCUAGAUAACCCAGAAAAGGUCGCCCAUAUGCGUAAAAUUGGCGCCUGCUUCCGUUGCAAAACCCGCAAGGUCCAAUGCGACCAGCAAAGCCCUUGCUCGAAAUGCACGACUGAUGCAGCCAAGUACGGCGACGAUAGCGAAUUAGCCGAACACAUGUGUUUCCGACGCCCUUCCGGCAGUAGCGACCUCGUCUUUCAGUUUAUGUGGAGGACCAAGGUACACACCCCUGCCCCAUCGCAGAGGGGCAACCCACAAACAUGGAACGUGUUCCUUGAUCCAUGUUCCACAACCCAGCCGCCCUUAGUAAUCUCUGUCUCGCGCGACGAGAGCAACAACCUCAAUGGCAGCCAGCCGUGGCAAACAGCCCACCAAUACGUUUUGAACCCGCAUUACGCUCCCGAAGACGCGGUGCUUAUCAACUGGGCCUCGUGGCAUAUGCUCAACGACGACAGUGCCAAUUUCCAAUCAGCACUGGACGUUCUAGUCAGCAAUUAUGCUCAAGAAGAACACUACUUUCUACCCCAUCAUCAACUUGUCCGUCAAGUCCAUAACAUGAGGUGCAUGUAUAUGAUUUGGCGACGACAGAAAUUCUUUUGCCAAAGAUUCCAAAAUGCUGUCCCAGAAGAGCUUCCCAACCAUAUCUGUCAAGACUUGAAGCGAAUUAUCCUCUUUAGAAUGAAGGCACUCGAAUCAGAUAUCAUGACACAGUUCUGGAAGAUCCUGGAAAAACCGCAAGAUCGAUUACCCCUCUGGGCCUGCAUGAUGCAAUUCAUUCUGAUGUACCGGGACAUAUUUGUCCUCAACCGAUCGGAAGAUCCCCGCGGAGACCAGUCACGGAUACAGAGCGUAACGACAAGUCUCUUCAGCAAUUUGAUCGUAAUGUGCGAGAUCUGCUUCGGUAAAAAGAAGCCGGAACCGAUGACAGAUGACGGAAACCAAGUCAAAAGGCAAUUGAAUGCCGAUUUUAAGAGAGUGGAGAGGUGUAGAGAUGACUUCUACCAAGUCAUCCAAGACCGUGUUGAGAACUACCCGAAUCCUUCUACGUUUGACCGCCUCAUCCGUGUCCUGCUAAUUGGUUCACAAAGAGGCAUCACGCGGUCUGGGACUCGGGCAUCUAAGCGAAUUAGGCGAUAGGAAUGCUGUCCUAGCACGAAUUUCUUAGCGUUCUCGUUUCUCGUUGUGUUGUUUGAUCUUGGGUUAGGUUCCGGAGUUUCAAGCAGAAUUUCAAUGAGUCUAUGAUCUGAUGAAGGUCGACGGUUUAGCGAAGGAGUUUAGCGACCAGGCUGAUACCCAUCCGCAUUUUGAGCCUGCAUUAUGCCUUAUUAUGAUAGGGGAAGGGAACACUACGAAAGGCAUAUUGCUUGUUUGACGACACUCGCUGCCGGUAUCAGCAUCGCGGAAGGGUAUUCCAUUCCCUAGUAAAAAAUGCGGGCGUCGUCGUUUCGGUCGUGUUUGUAUGAUGUUAUGGUCUCAGUAUGUCUAGAGUUAGGAGUCGAUUCUAUGUAAAAUGAGCUCGACUUUCGUCUUAGUCUUGUUUGCGAUGCCUCGAUGCUUCCUGAUGUCCUUGAAGUACCUUCCUAGCUCGUGAUGAUCUAGGGCCUGGUAUAUACUUGAAGAUAGUGAGACAGUUAACAGCAACCUGUCUUUCGUCUUUCCAUUUUCCAUAACCGAGCUGAAU